GUCAGGCAGAGUGAAGCAGACGCAUCGAGGAAAAGAGAUACUUGGAGAAAAGAGACGAGAUUUACGGAACGUUGAAAAUGGGGAGUUCAGGUUGUGAUCCCACUCUACGUUCAUCUCUGUGCAUUGGUUCCCCAUCUGACAUUGGGAUGGCCUGGUUGGAGGAGACGGAGGACAACAAACCCACCCGCAGCAUGUUGGGGCUUCCGGAUUUCAUCUGGCCAGGAGUCCCCCCUCCCUGCUAUAACAAAUUAUCUAAUGAAGUACUAAGGAUGACAGAAGCCAACAACGUCUCCCCGGAAGCGACGCUGGGGACUCAACACGUGCUCGUCCCGUCUCAGAACACUCCCCAUGUGGUGCAGGGUGAAACAGAGGAACACUGUCUGGAGCAGGUCCAGUCUAUGGUGGUGGGCGAGGUGCUGAGUGAUGUCAACAAAGCUUGCAAGCUACUCAACAUCGCACCAGACCCUUUAGACUGGAGCUGCAUACACGUUUACAAGUGGCUGCUGUGGACCGAGCACCUGUACAAACUGCCACAGAUAAGCAUGCUCUUCAAGGAGCUCAACGGAAGGGACUUGUGCUCUUUGACAGAGGCCGACUUCAGACAACGUUCCUCGCAGUAUGGAGAAGUGCUGUAUGCUCAUCUUGACAUCUGGAGAUCAGCUGCAGCAAUGAAGGAGCAGGGCCCACCAGAAGCACAUCCUAGUAAAGCAAAUGACAAUUCGUGGUGCAACUACCCUAGUCAGCCCAUCCACUUGUGGCAGUUUCUUCGAGACCUGCUCCACAAGCCACAUAACUACAGCCGCUCUAUCCGCUGGCUCAACAAAGAAAAAGGAAUAUUCAAAAUUGAAGACUCCGCCCAUGUGGCCAGGCUAUGGGGAAUCAGGAAGAAUCGUCCAGCAAUGAACUAUGAUAAACUGAGUCGCUCUAUUCGGCAGUACUACAAGAAGGGCAUCAUUCGCAAGCCUGAUGUGUCCCGUAGACUGGUCUACCAGUUUGUGAACCCAGUAUGAGCAAGUUGAUGUAGCAAGAGGUUGAAGGAUAAAAAUCAAUAUAUGCUGGACAUAGACAGAGAAAACAGAAGAACAUGGAAGAUGGAAGCUCCCUCGUGUAUUUGAUGUUUAUUUCCAAUGUAUAGACUGCCUACCAAAUUGUGCACUUCUGCCUAUUAGAAUCUCCGAUAAAAGAUUAAUUCAUUUUAUAAUCGUGUUUUCAUACAUGUAUAUUGUGCCUCCAUCUUUUAAAAUAAAUUAUUUUGUUGAGGGAAGCGAAAUAUUAUCUCAACACUUAAGUUAACUUGUGAAAAGGACUAGCGGUUGUUUGCUUUCUUCUUGGUUCUCUUCUACAUUUUCCUGCAUAGAAUCAUCAUGCAGAAUCCAUUUUAAGUUUUGGAAGUAGAAGUUACAGCUUCAAUGGUAGUCUGGCAAAAAUGUCUGCUGCUUUUCACUUAGAAAUGAGAAAAAGAAAAAUUAAAAGUUUUUG